GCUAUACCAUUUUUUAUAUUUGUUCAAGCUGAUUAUUGAGGGUACGUAAAAUCUAUGGCGGUAUAAAUAACUUACAUUAUACAAUAAGAAAGUAAUUGUAUAAUAGUAGUUAAAAUAAAUAAAUAACUAGAUAAAUCAAGAUAUUUCGAUAAAUUAAUAGGUAUAGUAAGUAUCUCGAUAUACUCAUUUAUUAUUAAUUCUUUCAAAUACUGAGUCAUUUUUUAAUCAGAUGUAUCACUUCUAUUUUUACCUUCACUACCGUUCCGAUUUAUUGUUGACAGCAAUGAAUUUCCACCUUAACAUUUUGCAGCGAGAUUUACAUUAUUCUUCCUGUUCACUACCUCAGCAUCCCCGCUCUUAUACUUGAACAGUUUCCAAUCUCUCAUGUCUUUCUUUCACUUUCUCCCUCUCUUUCUCUCUCUCUCUCUUACAUACACACACACUCACUUCUGCUAUCAUUGUUUCUCUAAAAAACCAGCACCUUUCUCAAUCAAAGACUGUAAGAACUGCAUAGUAAUUGUUUGUUGUAAAAUGAAUUGUUUUUGUACUACGUACUGACGUCAUUUCUGACUUCUUUUUUAUUCGAUGCAUUAACUACAGAUUCUCAUGCAUAAGAAAUUUUAUAUCUACCACCUUUGCCAUGCCACGCUAUAGUACAGAGAAUGGAAGGUCAUCUUGAGAUAGUGAGAAUAAUUUACGGUUCAAGAUAUCUGCUAACUCAGAUCCAAAAGGAUAGAUAGAGGAAGGCUCAAUGACCUUGCCUUAGGUUGUAACCACAUUUUAGGCCUGCCCACCUUAGACUUUUGAAAGACCGUUCUCCCCACUGUAGCUUAGCUGGUCACCACCUCUGUCUUUGGUUUAGUAUCGUGGUGCAUUCACAGUCUCUUCUUAGUUUGCUUAUUCAGAAGAGUGAGCGUUGUUGGUCCUGUGUUAAUGUGAUUACAGUAAAGGAUGUUUUCGCAAUCGGAUGAAGCAUCCAAUUCCAACACUAGGGCAUCCAGUCUACCGACAAUAGCCUUCUUGUUUCUCGGAGUAGAAGUUUUGGCCAUAGUUCUAAUAAGUCUCCUGCUAGCUUUACUCACUGUUAUAAAACGCCUGCUGCCUAAACCUCCAAGAGAUUUAACCAACGACAAAGUUGUGGUCACUGGAGCAAAAUCGGGUUUGGGGAAGGCCAUAGCUGACGAAUUUUUUAAAGCUGGCUGCAUCGUCGCAUCCAUUGAUCAUGAUUAUAAUUCUGAACAAGAAAGAACAUAUGAUUCUACAUCACAAUACCAAAGAAUAGAAGAGUUUGAAUCACAUGAUGAAUUUUAUCAUAUAUCAACACAUCGCAGAAAAUUUUUCUAUAAAUGCGCACCUACUGACAGACAAGAAAUUCUCGAUGUUGCCCAAGAAAUUCAAAGAGACAUCGGUCCUGUCAACGUGUUAAUAACUUGCGCCGGUGAUUCAGGUCAAGAUAUUUUGGAUACGGUUUCAACAAACCUCAUGAAUCACUAUUGGACAAUGUUAGCAUUCGUGCCUUCUAUGCUGCAGUGUAAACAGAGUCACGUUGUUGCUGUACUACCAACAACUUCUACAGAGGACGCUUAUUUAGGUUCAAAAGCAGCUGUUGCAGGGCUUGUUGGAGCAAUAGGUCAGCAAUUUAGCCGGGCAAACCAGCUAAUUUUCACAACAGUUGCUCCAAAGGCAGAGCCUAGGUUGAUGGAGCAAACCGAGCAACAAACAGCACGAGAUAUAGUCGAAGCCGUUCGUCGAGAUCAGGAGACCCUGUCGUCAAGCUGGAGAUCACAUGUACUUUAUCCGGUCUGUUAUACCGUACAUGAAGCAAUUGGUGGUUUAACAAGUUGGCUGUACAGACAAAGCUGCGACGAUCCUACCUAACUUCGUUCUCAUGAGAUGAGAUCUAAUUGUAUGGUUACUUUUCAUUGAACUGACUAAAAUGUUUUUGGUUUUGUUUCUCUCCCUACGGCAGGGUUCAUAGCAUGGGUGAGAGUAGCUCAUGGGAACAAUGACUUCGUGUCAUAAUAUUUUACAAGAUUUUCAAACGAUAUUGUCAUUUUUGUAAGAAAAUAUCUUGACACAAGAGUUUACUCGAUGAGAGUCCAUUGAACAAGUUAAGCAAAAUAGCCCCCACUUUUCACAGCAAUUACCAAAUCAUUUGUAGCUCAAUUUUUCUUGCCUGUGUCUUAACAGAUUGUUAUUAAUUUUUAAGUUAAUAUUCAAGAAAAUAUUGUAAUAUGCUAAAUGUCGCAGUUAUUGACAGGUAUUUAUUAACGUGUACGCACAAUUAAAUAGACAGUAAAGUAAAUUUAGUGAUGAAA